UCAACCACACAAGAGUCAGGGUUUUAGACUUCGCAAAACCCUACGCCGAUCCCAAACGAUUCCGAUCGCGAAAAUGGCAUCCGCCGCCGCCAGAUCGAUAUUCCGAUCAUGCUCCGCCAGCCGGUCAGCGUUUCGCGUCGCAUCGGAAUCCAAACCGGUUCGUUCUCCGUUCCGUAUCGCGUCCAAUAAGCCUCUCUCGCAGUCCCAAUCCACUCUCAGGUUCCCCGUGGAAUUGAGUUCGUGUGUUGAAUCGAUGAUGCCGUACCACACGGCCACUGCUUCUGCGCUCAUGAAUUCCAUGCUUUCAAUUUCAAGCCGCACGAGCGCUUGGAUUCCCGAAGGUAGCUAGCAUCUCUAGGAUUCCUUGAUGUUCUUUCUACAAUUAAUUUUCGGGUCUGUGAGCUCUCCUAAAAGCAACCCUGGCUUGCAGAAUCAUGCUUGUCACUUUAAUUUCCAGAAAGUGUUUUCCUUCUAUCAUAUUAGAAGGACUUUGCCACCAGUUAUCCUCAGAAGUGUUUCAUAAAGAUUUUAGCAGAUCAUGCACGAGAUUAUGUUUCGGACGGAAGUCUGAACUCUGAAUUCUAUAGUUACCCGAUUAUUACAUUUUUACAUCGAAGUUGAUUGGUGCAUGUACUAUGGAUAGUCUUUCACUUUUUUGUGUGGUUGCAUAGAAAUUUAAUUUUGUAGGUAUCAUUUACAACAAAUUAUCACAUCAUCAGGCCUUGGUUCUACCCAUUAUCUUUUUCAA